CAGGGUGAUGAAGAAGAUGUAGCUACUCGCCCGAAAAUAACAACAUUUCUCGGUUUAAAACGUAAAUUGUAUUAACCGUUAAAACAGCUACGAUGGCCGGUAUGAGGAGAGUUAACGGGAAAUUCUCGGGAGUCAACCCGGCAGUCAGUUGCUGUCGCCUGCGUCAGGUUCAGUCUCUGCUCUGUGAGGGGGGCACUGCCACUCCUGAUGGCAUCUUGUGCUCGCUUGGAAUUGACAGCAGAUACAAUGAGGGGUGCACUGAGCUGGCGAAAUACCUGUUUUAUGGACUGUAUGGAAGAAAUCAGCUGAAUCUGGAGCACGUCCCUGAGGAAUUUCCUGAAGAAAUGCUGGAUGAUGUAAUCCUGCUGAUCAAAGCUGAGUGUGUUCAUCUGUACUGCAACCCAAUGAACUACAGCUACUUGUUGCCCUACGUGUCCCACUGGAGGAACCUGCAUCUCUACUGCAUGACGGAGACAGAGUAUGAAGAUGAGGAGGCAGCAGAGGAAUUCAAAAUCUCCAGUUUUGUCACAAUGGUGCAGGACUGCUAUCGUAUCGGAGUACCUUACAGCUCCCAGGGGCACGUCCAGAAGUUUGAUAUGUUUAUGGUGGAAAAGUGGCCCCUAAUUCAAGCAUUUGCCCUGGAAGGCAUUGGUCGAGGAAGUUUUUUUACCAUGAAAUACAAGCUAAUGGACAUGAGUGAGAAACUUUGGCAGGUCUACAACAGACUCGACCCAGUGUCACUGGAUAAUCUGCUCACAGAGGACUUGGUGAACUUUGAGAAGCAGUGGAGUGGCUUUUUCUCCAGCAUGGACCUGGAGAGCCACCUGUCCAUCUUGGAGCUGUCUGAAGCACAGGCAGGAGAGGUGUUCCGUACCUAUUACUCUCAUGGACUGAUCUCAAGCAACAUCACAGAUAAAAGUAAAAGUCAGCAGCCCUUUGUGUUGUUUGGAAAGCAUUCCUCAUCCCAGGAUCUGGAGAGUUAUUCAUUCAACUUUCCCUCAGAGAGUCAUCAGGUCCGCAACACAGGGCCUCGGGGUUCUGCAGCUAGACACAUGAUUCUGCAGUGUGUUGCACCCAAAGGACCUCUAGCCUGCUCUCGAACCUAUUUCUUUGGGACCACCCACACUCCAUACCUUGGGAAUCAAAACACAGAGCAAAAGAAAACAGAAGUCUUACUUUUGUCACAGAUUUAUUCAGCUGCUGUUCAAGCAGUCCUUUCGGGAAUCAAAUGCUACUCCUGUUUCUCCAGCCAAACCAAGGCUAAGGAUGUAGCAGAGAACACCUUUCUGUUGGCUUUGGACUCAAUGAAUUUAAGUCAAUACCGCAGUCCUCUCAGGUCCAAAUGUGAAUUCAGCAUUCAAGCAGUGAAUAAUCAAGGAAGAAUCAUUCCUCUGGCUGACGAAGAAAGCCGUUAUGUAGUAAAAACAGCGUCUAUGACUGUCCGUGACAUCCCUGACCUGCAGUGGGAUGGUGGGGACCUGGGCUCUGUGGUUUUCUCUGAAUCCUUCUUGGAGUCCAGCAUCAACAUUCAGCAGAAAGAUGGCACUGUGUCCUCAGACAGCUGCUACACCAUCCUGACUACAACUGUGCCUCGCUACGCCUGCUGGCUGAUGGAAUCUGAUGUCAAGCAGUCUGAGCAAGCCCAACAUCUUCCUAAGAAAGAGGAAGGCACGUGUUUGGGAACUGCUCUCACUGUAGCAGAUGCUGCAUAUGUGUUCUCCAGCAGCCAGCUCUCCACACCCGAAGAAGGAAAAAUCAUUUUCUUCUCCGAGGGACUCCUGUUCAUCCAUUCUCAAUAUGGCAGCAUCACCCUGUCCAAGGAUCACAUUCGGUCCAUCAAGUUUUAUGAUCCGGACUCCAGCACGGUGGCAUCUCUCAUUGUGGAGUAUGAGAGCAGCCUGCUCCCCCACCUACCAUUCCCUCUGCACAGCACGGACUGUUGUCUGGUCUUUGCUCUUCAGCCCAGGUCUAAGAGCCACAGGGCCUUCUAUUCCAAGGUUUUGUCAGUGUGGCAAAACUCUGAAUCUGGACUCACUCUGCAAUUGGUGGACCAAGAGCACCUGACCUGGAACCAGAAAAACAUGCAUACCAGACUGAGGAAGCUGCACAACAGUCAGGAGCCACCCGUUGCCAAACGCAGAGGCAGUCUGAAGACUUCAUACUCCCAGCUGCCAGAGCAGGACAUGUUUCUUCAGCACUUUGCCUUGAGUAGUAUUGGUCAGGAGCCCAUUCUGUAUGACCACCUGGGGGUGCUCUUCCCCUCUGCAGAGUUGAGGAAUUCAGUCAACAGUCAGGGGGACAAGGUUGUCAUCACCAUCAUCACUGGAUUACCGGGAAGCCAUAAGAAGAGACUCUGUGACUUCCUGGUCCAGUUGAACAAGGAACGUGGAAAGUGGGUGGUGUACCAGCCUGGUCCUGACAGCUGUGACAGCUUCUCAGCCUCUCACCUGCAGCAGUAUUUGUCCAGCUUCCUGGAGAGCCAGAGAGGCCCUGGAGGCAAAAAGCGUCUGUUGGUGCUCUCACCUGGAUACACAGAUGUUCUGGAUGUAGUCCAAGCUGUGCUUUUCCACCCUGACCCAGUUGUCCAAGCGUGUUUCACCAUCGGCGCUGUCACUGCGUGUGUGGACCCCCUCGCCUCCUGUGUGGAGCACAGGUUUGCAUUUCCUAAACUGUUGGAGCAGUGCAGUCAAGGUAUUGUGAGUACAGUGGUGUUCACCGGGCUGACAGCAGAGCAGAAGCACCCUCUCAUGCAGCAUGUUCAGCAGUUGGUACGCUCUGCCAACCCCACCGCAGCCUUCAUACUGGCAGAGAGAGGAGCUGUCACCAGGAAUGAAGACGUGAACCUGAUGUUUUCUGAGAGCAGCUUCAGUGAGCCCCAGAUGCUCAGAGCACGUUACGUCCUCUACCCUGGAUGGUGCAAAGGGCGCUUCUUCUCCGGUUCUGGCUCUCUGGUCCUCACCCAGCAGCGCGUGGCUUUCAGCCGGCCCCUAGAGAGGCCUCUAUUUGUCGCCCGCUGUAAAGCAUUCAAGUCAUCGCUAAGGCCGAGCCCCUUCCGUGGGAAUGUGUACAAUGUUUGGGGGAAAAUCAGAUUUUCUGACUCCGAUCAGCUGAUGGAAGUGAGCUACAACACAGUGAGCGGGAGCCUGAGCAUUGUCCCAGAGCAGAGCGGUGACCCUGUGACCCCAGGUCCCAAAGAGACCAACACGUCCUGCUUCCUGAUCUUUGAUGGUGUCGGCCUCACUGAUGAGGGACUGAAGGACUGGCUCAGGCUGUGUGCCAAGCAGAGGCAGACAAAGAAGCCUAAGAAGACUAAAAAUAACCUGUCACCACAAGAAAUCAAGAGCAUACAUAUGACCAGGCACUUGGACCCGCUUCCACCAGGCUACUUUUACAACGGCUGUCAAUAUGUUGACAUCUUUGGGGAGAAAAUGAACAUCCAUCCCAACAUGGAGGAGUUUAUCAAAGAGUAUCUCACAGAGGCCAACAAAGAGAUCGAGCUAUUCAACCGUCAGCUGGAGCUGCAGGGCCAGCCCGACCUGUUUGAUCCCUGAUAGAAUCUGUCUGCAUGUCCACUGCCUCCAUCUGUCUUAUUUAACUCUAAGGGAACCGCUGUGGGAGGGACAGGGAGGGCGCGGGGGUUACAUACUGAAUACUCCAAGAGAAUGGUCAAUGUGUGUUCACACCACAUACUAUGUCACUUUUGUUUUCUAAUUUGGUGGCAUAAAUAAGGUUGCGAGCAGAUGAGCUUUUAAACAAUGACAUCACUGAUCAGAGCCAGUAAUGUUACGGUGUGGCUGUUUGCUUUACUUCCCACUGCAACACCACUAUACAGUUGGCACUUUGGCGAGUUAGAGAUCAUAUUUAUCAAAUCAAAGUGGCAAAUUGAUGAAGUCACUUGUGUUGAUUCAAAUUAAGACACGUUUGUCGAGAGAUGAGAGUUGCACACAACUGCAGACAAAUCUGAAACAUAACGCAACACAAGACUCCACAUUUAAACCGAUGUGAUUACGCCACUAAGCCUGCAAGCUAUGAGACUUUCACAAUUGAAGGGAAUUUCCAGGCGUUCACUCCUACAGCUUGUGCGUUUCUGUUUAUCACAGUUGGCAAAUUAAUGCCUCUAUUUCUGGACAGGCAUGGAUAGCCGUGUGAUUCUGGUGGGCUCCCUGGUGGGGUUUCUCAAGAAUCGCUCCUCCUCUGUUGUCACCCAAUCCAUGGCCCACCUGUUAUCUUGUCUGCGUGCCACGCUGCAGCAGAGGGAGCGCUUGGCCAUAGAGCUGUAAACAUUGGACAGCCUGUUGGCUGCAGACAACUGAUGAAUGAUGCCAUUAAUCACAUAGCUAAACGCCAUCCCAGUGCUUUAUUUUAAGACUCCUAAAGUGAAUCUAAUGAAAGUGCAAUAAAGCAGACUUCAGUCCUUGCAUCAAAGUGUCGUAGUUACGAAACAGAUGAGGUCGUCAAGACACACAUUAAAUCACUGAGGUUCCAUGUCCAACUUUUCCUCAGAGCACUGUAUUCUGUUUAUUUUUAUGCUGCUAGUUAACAGUGAGAAACCAGGUAGAAACAGAAAGUGAAGCUAAGCCUCGCUGCAGCCAGGUGUGGAUCACGCAUUUCACCAUUUUGGUCAAAAUGUUACUGCGUUUGUUAGAAGUGUGAACAUUCCCAUGUUUAUGUUUUGGGUCUUGGUUUUGGGAAGGACAAGGGGGAUUGAAAUAAUCUGGGAAAUUUAGAUUCAGUUCACUUGGUCAGGUUUGGGUAAACAUGAGUAGAGCCUUUAUUGAAAGGUGUAAGGCUUUGUAUUGGUGGUGUGACUUUGCAGAGAAUCAGACUUUAUGUCCUGUUUAAAUGAGUAGUUAUGCUACAGUUUGCUCUGUGUCACACUGAUGUUCUAUGCAUGUCUUCCUCUUAUCAGGGUUCCUACACAGGAUUUGAAAUAUGUUUGAUAAGCUCUUAGUAAUUUCUGUGGAAAACUUGUGUUGUCAUUCGCACAGCUGUGUGGUAAAUUAGUAGAAGGUGAAAAGGUGUAGGAACCCUGCAAUAAUCUCUGGAGAUUUGAUGGCUUAAAUUUAUUAUGGGGUCAGCAGUGUAACAUGCAGACUAAUUGAUCUUCGGGUCAUGUGGCGCUAAGUUUGACUUGAGUGAAUCAAUACUAUCGAACAUUUAAAUGCACAUAGAAGUGUGCACAUAAUGCUGCUACUACAAUGGUACAAUAUAUUCAACCUGCUCUUAUUCCCAUGUUGUUAGAUACAGAUGCUUUAUCAUGUCCUGUGGGAUCGCAUCAAAUUAUCAAUUUAAACCAAUCCUAUAAGAAAAAAUGAUCACUUGAACAAACAUCAAGCUAAUAAGGACUACCUUAAAUUUCAGAAACCAUAUUUGGGAGAAAUGUAUUUGACGUGUACUUUGAGUUUCUAGUUUGGCUCAUGUCCCAUAACACUAAAAUGGAGAGCUCCUAAGUCAUCCGUUUUUGUAUUCAGUCUAUGCUUGGAAUUAGUGAAAAACGCUUGUGCAUCUCAUAAAGAUACUAAAGGGUGAUUGCAGCUUUUUAUUUAUUUAUUUUUUAAGUUAUUUAUCUGUAUUUGACGCCUUUGGAAUGAGAAUAGACGGAUAUAUUACAUUGGCCUUUAUACACUGUACCAAAAAAUCGCCUGUAUUCAAUGAUGAGUACUCUGAGAUUUUCACCGUUUCAGAUAAGAGAGGAAGGGUGUUUUUUGCUAAGAGCAUAUUUUAAGUCCAUAAUCUAAUUCCCAAGGAGAGGGGGGAAAUGCUUGCUAGUGAGGUGAACACUUUUUCGCUGUCGUUGGGUUCUUAUCUAAGAUAUUUUUAGAUCAGUGGUGACCUUAGUGUAUUUUAGGUUGCCUUUUACAACGCGGGCUAUGUCAUGUUUUACAUGUCAGUCUGUCAGCAGCCAGUAAAAAGAAUCAACAAUUUUGUUUUCAGCUGGCAGAAAAAGAAAGUGAACAAACAUUGUUAGCAAGUUAUUUUCCACCCCAGAUGACCUGUGAGAUGAUUCAAAUAAUCCUGAAUCUGAGCUCAACCUGACACUGCUGGCCCCAUCCGUCCUCUCAGCGCAGUCCACUUUGAUCUGAAGCCAUACCACCUUACGCUAGAUGUGCCACUGUCUUUUAGAAGAAUAAUACAAAGCAUAGAAUAGCACAGAACAUAGCAAUGCCUCUAACAUGUAUUACCCUGGCAGCCAGCAAAAGAGGGGUUCACAUGGAGAGGAGGAGCUCACCCCAACUUACUCAUUCCAUUAACUCCUCUCUGACACUCCCUUCUCCUUUACUCUAUAAAAGAAGUGCAAUUGUACCUUGUGUUUUUAUAUAUUGUACUUACAGUACCCUCAAAAAGCUCUUUAAGGACAAUGUCAAGCAAACAAAUAAGCUGUUAAAUUCUCAGUCUCUUACCGCUUGUGUUUGUGGUCUGCUGGAUUCUGCCUUUGAGUGCUCGUAGCUCACAUAACACCAUAAAGGGUCUUUAACAACAAGUGAAAGGUUUUGUUGCAAAAUUAGGUGCCACCUAAUUUUUAGCUUUAAUUCCACUUAAAAAUGACAUAGAGCUUAAUGCAAACAGCUUUUUUUUCUGGAAGUGGACAAAAUGUAACUUAAAUCCUCUGUUUACAUUAUGAUAUCUGUUGUUUAAGCUGGAUCCUCUGUUUAGCGUUUCAGGGAUGCGCUCUCAAAGCAGUCUGUUUUGAGCAACAGUUGCUGUCGUUCUGUAGUUAUGUAAUACUGCAGAGACUUACUGUGAUUGACAGUGAAAUAGUUGUGAGGCUGAUGUAUGGGAGACUGAAGGUUCCAAAACUUUGAAACCUGCUCCACAUGUCAAAGAGCAGAGAAAACUGAAACUGUAAUUGGCCAGGAGAUCAAAAAUGAGUCCUUAAAGAGCUGAGGGUUAUGUAAGAUGUUUGUGAUAUUUAAAUCAAAGUUACCACUAACACGUAUACGCUACUACAAGUACACUAUUUUGCAUGUGUUGAGAUGUCAUGUGAAUAUGAUACUUCAUAUAUUCUGACAGAAUUGCCUUUCACCAAACUGGUACAACAAAGAGAAAAAUAAUCACAUUUAUUUUAAAUAUCUGCUAAGAAUUUGAAUUACCUCGAAAUGACAAAUAGUAUUUUUGUAAGACUGUGAAUUGAACAUCCUUGAUGCAAGCAAAACGUCUCUUCUCGCACAAGCUACAAAAAAAAUCAAAAGCAGAUGCAAUUUUUUUUGUAGGAAAAAAAAAGAGAAUCUGAUCGGUUGUGAGAUGUCAGGUUUCUCUGAUCCAGCAGUGCCUUGGCUACGGCUAAGAAAAGCAGAGAUUAAAGCUGCAUUCAGAGCUCCAUCCCUCUCCCUGUCACAGGGGGAGGAGGUGUUGUCAGGCGAGGAUCCGUCCUUCAACAGUGUUGGUGAAAGGAAUCCAUAGAGUCGUUCUUUAAAGCAAUGUGUUUUUACUAAGUCAGAGGGUAAAGUAGGCGAGGUCACACAGGGGGAGGCCGCCGGAGGGCUCAGAGCGAAUCAGGUAUAUUUAGCUAACCAAAAAGAUGUUGGAGUAUGGGCUGGGUAUGACAUUUCUCGGUCGUUCUUUUUUUUUGAUUUAUUACCAAUUCAACUGGAUAAGAUGAAAUUAAUUUUGUUUGUGGAAAUACUAAGCUGUUUUUUGUCAGCGUUCCUUUAAAGUAGUGUGUAGGAUAAUGGGGAUAUAUUGGCAGAAAGGAAAUAUAAUAUUUAUAACUGUGUAAUCACCUGAAAUUAAGAAUUCUUCAUCUUUUUUUAUGUUACCUUAGAAUGAGCUGUUUAGAUUUACUGCCAUUAUGUCUAACACCAACGUCGAUUUGACGUAGAGUACUGACGAUAAAUGACGAUGAUAUUUUGUUUUUAAAUUGUGUUCAUAAGUAACCAAAAUCCAACAUUCUCCCAGCAUCUCAUGUCCGUGUCAUCUUGAUGUAGAAUAACAACUUUUAGUUGUCUUCAACAUGUUGUAAUGGUUAUAUCCACGUAAUGUGAAAUUCUAACAUUUUAGUGGGGUUGUAAAGGUUUGAUAAUCUUCAGUACGAUAAUCCUCUCAGAAAGAUUAGCAGAAUUAAGGGCUAUUUUUAGUUAAACAGAUGUUUCAUAUUUGAAACUUAAAAACAUUUUUGUAGUGUGUGGGUAAAGUUUAUCGUUUGAAAAAAGCUGAAGUUGAGAUUCUCCUUCUAGCUACAUUUUUGUUAAUACCGCAGAUAAGCAAAUUUACAUGGUAAAAUAACGGUUAAUGUUCAUUUCAUGGUAUACCUUGAAACCGUAUAUUUCUGCAUCCGCAGUUGUUAGAUGUUGGAAUUGCUGUCAAUCUGAUUCUCAUCCAUCUGUCUCAUCAUAUUGAUGUGUGGUGCAGGGGGGUUGGCACACGGGAGAAAUUUCGGUUGGUUGCAGUCUGCAACUUCACCACUAGAUGGCACUAAAUCGUACACACUAUAACUAUUAACUUUUUUUUUUUUUUAAAGGAAAUGGAAAUGAUUUGAUUUAUACCCAGCCCUAGUUGGGAUACAAUAACGUUUUGUAUCAAAGGACAAAACACAAAAAAGGCUUAAGUUUGUGAGGUGACUCCCUCUUAUUGCACAUCGGGGGCCCGAAGAGCCCUCCACAAGCCUCUCAGUGUGACCGCUAUGCAGCUCUCUGGCAAACUGAGCACCCUGGUGUCUUCAUCCUGUAUGUGGAGGCUAGCCAUUUUGUAGCUGAAGUUAUAGGACAAAAACAAAGUUUGGUGUUAAUUGGUUUUAUAUAAAGGGGGGAGAAUAUGGUAUUCUUGUACUGCAAUGUGGUAACGCACUGUGGAGGGUUUUGUUCUUUUUUUUUUGAAGAUUGGCUUCAACGUUUAUUAAAAGGCCAACAGUGUGGAAUGUAUGCACUUCCUGAAGAAGUGGAUAUUUUUAAGGUAUUUUUUUUGCUUAUUGGAGAAGGCAGCAUGAAAAUGGAUUUUUAACCGUCCAAAUAUUUCUCAGGCCUCAGGGGACUGUUGAUGCUAAUUGUUUGGGCUGUUCUGUCCCAUCGAGGUUAAAAGGGAAUGGCGGGCUCUUCACCCCACAGUCCUCACAGACAGCGAGAGGAAUUUCCUCAGGUGUACUUAUUAUUUCCAUACCUGAGAUUACAUAUUUGCCCUAAAACCUGCGUGUUAUAGAAGAAGAUGGGGGUGAAAUUGUGGUUAAUAUCUUCUGUCUGUAGCAAAGUACCGGCUGGCCACACAGACGCGUACAAAAAAAGGAUGUUGUUAUUCAUGUAGAGGAACACUAACGACUCAAGUUGUGAGGUGUUUGAUGUUGUGAUGGCAGAAUUAGAUCUGGGGACAAAAAAGCAAAGGGCUCAUUUCUUCUCCCCUAUCUACAGGCCGUCCAGAGUAAAAAAGGAAAAAACAACUUAUGGUCUCUAUUGUAAUGAGAGAAAAAACCAACUAACUUCAAAAGUGCCAAACUGACUUCCACAUUUUGUUUUGAGGGUGUUCACGGAAAUUGCGUUUGCACAAAACUACUGUAACUUAUGUUUUUUUCCUGUGACUGAUGCUUUUAUAAUCUGAUUGUGUUUUUUUUGCACCACGUAAUCCAU